AUGAUACGUGAAAAGUUCAAGGUGAAGGUAGCUUACUCCUCUGCUUGUACAAUGAUAAAAAAAGCAGAUAAUAUACAAGUUUAUCUCACCUGUGCAUUUGCAUCUAUUGGUGGUUUUCUGUUUGGCUACGAUACAGGUGUUAUCAGUGGAAUACUGACAAUGAAUGACUUUCUUAAGUACUUUGGCGGUACGCACGCUCUGCAACGACAGCAGCUCGACAGCUCGAUAUCAGGCGCAAUUGUGGGCAUUUUGAUCGCGGGAUGUUUCAUUGGCGCACUGUGUGGGGGUCCGGCUGGAGAUCGUUUUAGUCGUAAAUAUUCUAUUGUGAUUUCUUGUUGGAUUUUCAUCAUCGGUGCUAUAUUACAAACUGCAAGCGUUCACAUUGCAAUGCUGUUAAUUUCUCGUUUUGUCGCUGGCGUUGGAAUUGGAGCAUUAUCGAUGCUGAUACCUGUAUAUCAAUCAGAAAUUGCACCAAAAGAAAUCAGAGGACGUUUGGUUUCCCUUCAACAAUGGUUAAUCACAAUCGGCAUUGCUGUUAGUUUUUGGAUUAACUACGACCAUGAUCGCGACGAAGACGCUAUUAAAGUUUUGGCGCGAAUUCGUGCUAAGGGUGAUAAAUCAGAUCCGAUCGUGCAAGCGGAAUACCUUGAGAUCAAAGAAGAAAUUGCACUUGAACGUGCAGAGUCUGCGGGUCUAGGAAGUAACAGUGCGUCGUUAUUGGCAACCGGUAUUAAUGGAUGUGUAAAUAUUUUAGCUACGAUACCUGCAAUAUUGUGGGUCGAUAAACUCGGCCGUCGAUUACUAUUAAUAUCUGGUGCAUUUGUGACAGCAGUAUCAAUGUUAGUUGUUGGCGGUGUGAUUAUAAGUAUUCAUUUAUUACAACGGUACUAUUGUUUGUGCCUACGCUUUGAAAUGUUGUCGCUUAAUGAUGACGAUAUUUGUAUUGCUUUAGACAGCCAGAGUGCCAAAUAUGUAAUCAUCGUAUUUGUCUACGUUUUUGUUGCUGGAUUUGCCUACUCGUGGGGUCCCACAACAUGGAUCUACUGCACAGAAAUAUUUCCACUAAGUAUGCGAGCAAAAGGCACAUCAUUAACAACAGCCGGUAACUGGGGAGCAAACAUGAUUGUUUCAUUCAUUGUACCGGUAAUGAUGGAACGAAUCACUUAUGAAACAAAAAAUAAACGUUUAGAAGACAUUGACGAAGUAUUCAAUACUUCAUCAGUUAUUGUCGCAUUUGGAAAAUCAAAAGGUGGAAAAAUUAAACCAUAUGCAAAGCAGGACGUACUCGAUGGAAAUGUAGUAGAAUUAGCUGCUGGUAGGAGACGAACAACCCCACAACCUUUGAAAUCUGCCAGUGAAAUUGCGUUUGACAGUUUACCACCCGACUAUAGUAGUGGAGACAGUGAACCGCGGACACCGCUAGACUUCCCGCGUACAUCUAUUGCCAGUAAUCACAAUCAAAGAGUAUCAGUCAAAAGACCAAAACCGUCACCCGAUGUUUCAAGAGCAUCUUUGACUGUAUUACAAACUCGGGCGGACGCCGCACGCAAAUCGAUCACAGAUGAAAUAAACGAAAGUGUAAAAUUUUAG